CUUCCUCCCUUGACCGUUUACAGAAAAAUUUCCCCAUCGAAAUUACUCGGAGUAGCAAACCUCCAGAAAACCCUUACUUUCUCUCUCUAAAUCACUCCAAUCUUUCUCUCUCCAUCACUUGCAGCAAUGGGGGAACCAUCUUCUUCGUCUUCGGAGGUGAGUGUAAGAAGAGGAAUACCAGCCGCAUCAUUUGUGGAAGAUGUUCAAACUUACCUUCAUCAAUCUGAUCUCGAUGUUAAUUCUGCUCUCGCUUUUCUUCAAGAAAGGCUUCAACAAUACAAGUUAGUUGAGAUGAAACUCCUUGCACAACAAAGAGAUCUUCAGGCUAAGAUUCCUGAUAUAGAGAAGUGUUUGGACAUUGUUGCUACAUUGCAAGCAAGGAGGGGUUCUGGUGAGCCAUUACUAGCUGAUUUUGAAGUCUCUGAAGGCAUAUUUUCACGAGCUUGUAUUGAGGAUGCAGAUUCAGUGUGCCUAUGGCUUGGGGCAAAUGUGAUGCUUGAGUAUUCGUCUGAAGAGGCUAACACUCUUUUACAAAAUAACCUGGAAAAUGCUAAAGCCAGUUUAGAUGUGUUGGUCGGUGAUCUACAAUUUUUGAGGGAUCAAGUGACAAUUACUCAGGUUACAAUUGCUCGGAUUUACAAUUGGGAUGUUCAUCAACGUAGACGACAAGUAGCUGGUACUUCUUCCGACAAAGAUUCAUGAAACAGUCGCUGGCAACCCGCGUUAAUUGGGUGUCUUGUGCAUGUACUGUAUGUUUCUUUCAAAACGUAUUUAUAUUUACUUGGAACAAUAGUCUUGCUUUGCACUUUACCUCCAUAUUUUAGUUUAUUCAUAGUAUUGUUGUGGAAUAGUCAAAUCUUUCAAUUGGCAGGAGUUGAUUUGAGCUGUUGAAUUAUGAUUGUGAAAUUUUGUUAAGGUUGAAAAUUUACAUUAAUCUUAUUAUUCUUUUUUAUUAAG